AUAUUCGCAUUCGUGGUGGCCGUCAACGAAUACCACUCUCCGAGUGUCCCCAACUUGUCGGGAUGCGUCAACGAUGCUCAGGAUUUCAUGGACUACUUGGAACAGGUCCUCGGCGUACCGAAAUCGAGGAUUUCGAAGCUGAUCAGCGGAGAGGCCACCCGUUCCGCUAUCAUCAACAAGUUCAAGUCCCAUUUCUGGGACAAUCCAGACAUCCACCACGGCGAUGCUCUCGUUUUCUUCUUCUCCGGGCAUGGCAGUUAUGCUCCUGCACCGAAGGACUGGCCUGCCCAGAAUGAUCUAAUAGAGCUGAUUUGUCCGUACGACUACAUGCACGCGGACAAUAACGACAAGUACGGGAUAUCUGACCGAACGCUUGACGGGCUUAUGCGGACGCUGGCGGCCCGCAAGGGUGACAACAUCACGGCUAUCCUCGACUGUUGCCACUCUGGAGGGAUGGCAAGG